CUCAUCUCGCUCGCUUUCGGGUUCCUCCCCCUGGUUGACCAAUGGGGAAGGGCCAUGCUGAGGACGGCCACCUGCCAGAAAGACCAAAGCCUCCAGAUGGUGGCUGGGGCUGGAUAGUACUGUUGGGUUGCUUUGUCAUCACUGGCUUUUCCUAUGCCUUUCCAAAGGCAGUGAGCAUAUAUUUCAAGGAACUGAUGCAUGACUUCCAUGUGGGCUAUAGUGACACAGCUUGGAUCUCAUCUAUCAUGCUGGCUAUGUUGUAUGGAACAGGGCCUGUGAGCAGCAUUUUGGUGAACCAGUUCGGGUGCCGGCCUGUGAUGCUUGUUGGGGGGCUCCUGGCUUCCUCUGGGAUGAUUCUAGCCUCCUUCACCACCAACAUUAUUGAGCUGUACCUGACGGCUGGUGUGCUGACAGGUUUAGGCAUGGCUCUGAACUUUCAGCCUUCUCUGAUCAUGUUAGGUUCCUACUUUGAUAAGCGCAGACCUCUGGCCAAUGGGCUCGCUGCGGCCGGGAGUCCUGUCUUCCUUUCAGCCCUCUCUCCACUGGGCCAAGUCUUGCUGGAGAAGUUUGGCUGGCGAGGGGGAUUCCUCAUCAUGGGGGGGCUCCUGCUUAACUGCUGCACCUGCGGAGCAGUCAUGAGACCCCUGGAGCUGAACAGGAAGAAGAAAAGAGAGGAAGCCCAGGACAAAUAUGAAGCCAAAGAAAUGCUGCCCAUGGGAGGAAGGGCCGAAGAGGCUGUCAGCACCACGGACAGCACCAAGAAGUCAAAUAAUGCCAAGAAGAAAAAGAAGCCCAAGAAAGGGAAGAAGCUGUUGGAUUUUUCCAUCUUCAAAAACCGGGGUUUCGUCAUUUACGCCAUUGCCAAGUUCAUCAUGGUCUUAGGUCUUUUUGUGCCCACUAUAUUGCUAGUCAACUAUGCCAAAGACUCAGGAGUGCCAGACAAAGAGGCCGCUUUCCUCCUGUCCAUCAUUGGUUUCAUAGACAUCUUUGCCCGCCCAUCCUGCGGGGUGCUUGCUGGGCUAAAGCGGGUGCGGCCCCAUGUGACCUACUUGUUCAGCUUCGCUAUGCUCUUCAAUGGCCUGACAGAUAUCUUCAGCGCCAGGGCCACCGAUUACACGGCCCUUGUCAUCUUCUGCAUUUUCUUUGGCAUCUCCUAUGGGAUGGUGGGGGCCCUGCAGUUUGAAGUGCUCAUGGCCAUCAUUGGGUCACAGAAGUUCUCCAGCGCCAUCGGGCUCGUGCUGCUCAUUGAGGCCUUUGCUGUGCUCAUCGGACCACCUACUGCAGGACGAUUGGUGGAUGCGCUCAAGAAAUACGAGGUUAUCUUCUACCUGGCUGGCUCGGAGGUUGUGUUGUCGUCUGUGUUCCUGGCUGUGGCUUCUUACUGCUGCCUGAGCAGGAAGGAAAAGAAGAACUCUCAGCCAGAGAACCCUCCUGCAGACGGAGGUGGCAGUGAAACAGAGGAAGCAGAAUCAGAUGUCCCGGAAGCAGAGGAUCACCCUGGAGACAAUCACCACCACUCCCGCAGCAUUAACAAUGCUGCGGGUGAUGCAGUGAACCACAUUGCAGAGAACAGGAACGUGGAUGGAGCCGGCCGGCUGGAAGGGGAGGGUACAGCUUUGGUACCGGGGGGCUGCGAUGCUCACCAGACAGUGGAAAGAGACAGUUUUUAGCUAUGUGGAGCUCAGCUUUGAUGAACAAGAGACAAUGUCGCUAUUGUAUGGGGUCCAACCUAAGGAGGAGUGUUUAUGGAAAACGGAUGUUUCUGGAUGCUGGGAUGAGAUAGACCGAGUCUCAAGAAUAGUGAUGUUUAUAUGUGUAAAGGCACAAUGGUACAGUGGUACCUUGGUUUUCGAGCAUCUUAGAAGUCAAACGUUUC